AUGGAGGACCCCGUCAAGCAGACAAGCAAGAAAAAGCCUGCCUUUGCGUUUUGGGAGAGACAACGCAAGGACAGCACUUGCUCCCUCACCGACCUAGCACCUCCCUCGACUUUGUCCACCUCCACCUCGCCUCCCACAAUGCGACGCUUUGACGCAACCCAACGAAGCAUGACAUCAUCGCCAUCUCCGCAACGUUUGCUGCCCUUUCAGUCUCAGUCUCAGUCUCACCCGCAACCGCAACCGCAACCGCAACCGCAACCGCAACCGCAACCGUCACCGCCACCACCACUGCAACUGCCUCACGCUGGCGCUAGCUCUAGCAACGGUCUCAGUGGUGUUCAGCGUCUGAUUCAGCAAUAUUCGCAGUCUAACUUGGCCGAUGCCGCAUCCUCGAAUGCCUCCUCUUCGCUCAACCGAUCCUUGUCGAGCAGACGCACCGAAGCCAGCCAGUCACAGAUCCGUAGAGUCGCCUCUUCCUCGCGUAGCGCAGCGUUUACGCCCGCAGACGGGCCAAGCCAUGCCGACGGAAGAGCCGACAGCCAUGCUGCUCGCGAUACCUCUGCACAAUCACGCGUACAAGCACCAUUGCAAUCACAGUCACACUCACCAUCACCCUCGGGCCAUCCUUCUCUUUCCUCGGCAUUGACACGACAACCAUCAACGGGUGUCAGCAGUCCAUCACACGCUCCACAAUCCACAAAUUCGUCGGCAACUUUGACGUCUCGUUUAUUGUUGGAUGUCGACGUCGUCGCACCACCAGCAUCACCACCCUCCUCGGCCGUCGCAUCCACAUCACAGCUCCAAGAUGCUAGACCUACCGAUUCACCCAAGCACAUUGACGUCGAAAAGGCACGUAGACGACGACGCUUGCUGCAAGAGCAAGUGCGCAAACGGAACAGCAAGAGGCGUAGUGUAGGUGCUAUCGACAUUACCGAAUCACUUACCCUCUCUGGCAACGAUGACCAUGAGGCUGAAGACGACGUUCGAGAUGAUGCCGAUCACCACGCCGAGCUUGCUCCACCGUCAGAAGCGGCGCACUCUUCCGUUUGCGCUUCCGCUUCCACUUCCGCUUCCGCUUCUUCGGCCAUCCCGAACUCGCUGCAUGCUCGUCACACUCACGCCACCUCCGAUUCGGCUUCAUCGCGACGUGCCGAUCUUAACUCCGAGUCAGAUCCGACCACGCACACGCACGCCGAUGUUGACCUCCAGCCGUACCACGACGCACAAACCCAUCUCAUCACUCCAUCCAGGCCCACCACCACCUCCACCACCACCACUGUCGCCGUCGACCUUGAUUCUAGCUCGAAUGCGCAAAUCAAUCCCAACCCUCGUCCUUCCUCCUUUGAAGAUACACGUCCUUGGCUAGAGUUCAGCCCUCUCAUACCAGACGAAGAGCUGCUCGACAGCCCCACCAAGCCACCGACACCAAGCUCUGCACUUCUUCAACAAUCCGCUUCGUCUGAUCUCACCGCUUCCGCUAGCCAGAACAGCCUGCCCACUGACCCAAACCCUUCCGCUAGCGCGCGUCCGUCGCCUUCGUUUUCGAAUUCCGCCUCGCUUCUCUCCACAGACUCACCAAAAUCGCCCACCGGCCUCGGUCUCUCCACUCCUCCAGGAUAUCCAUCAGCCACCUCGUAUCUCGCCAUACACUCGCCCACCGCCAGCUCGCGCAUCCAUCGCACCACCAAGCUGCCUCCACCACGCCCUUCUCCGCAGGCGCCCCUACCGCCGCCACCCUCGCUGGCUGCAUCUACCGUCUCUUUUUCACAAAGCGCUCUUGCUGCAGCGCCUACGCGCUCCAUGCGCACCUCGUGCACUCGCACUGGUGCACCAGUAGCCUCGGUGCAGGACGAGCUUGACGCAGACGUCUUUGGCGACCCAACUUCGCGAUCCAGAAGCUACAGUCUCGAGCAAGAAGUUGCCUCUGCUGAGCGACAAGAACACAUGGUCCUACCGCCUGCAACCCCUUUGAGCAGCCAACACGCGCACGUGAACCAUCCUCGCACCGACGCUGCUCAGACUUUGACAGCCUCCAACCUGGCCAUCCCCAUGAUCCGCGAACGCAGCGACUCUUUGCACCGCAGAGACAGAAAAGCUCUCGAGCCUAGUGAAGCUGCGCCAUCGAGGCUAGCUAAAAUGCCGCCACCAAACAGCACGUCUCCUGUCGCCGUUGCCUCCUCCUCAUCUCGCACCGGCACCGCCUCAACAAAGACUGCAGCCGUAGGCAGGCCGCGAGGAUUCACCGUUGGUGCAGUACCUGGUCACUCGAAUCCAGUGCGUGGAAGCGCUCCCGUUCCGACCCCUUCCAAAACCCGUCCCAGGUCGCUUUUGUCCAACGAGAUUUUCCCUCUCGACCUUGCCGAGCCGCGCUACAAGUCCAAGAGUGCUAGAGAAGACAACGACAAUGCGCGCAAGACCUACAGCAUGGACAUGGACCGUCGCAUAUCGUCUUUGAGCACCAACAACGCCGUGGCUACAUCGAGAGUCUUGAGUGGAGCAGCUGGCACGAGCCGUGGCGGUAUCGCAUCCACCUCGAUCGAAGAGCGAGACGGUCCUGGCAGCAACACCAGCGGCGACAGGCUCGCCGCCGAAAGCACCGAUCGUCGUCCCAGUGUCGGUGGUCGAAGCCGUAGUGGAAGCAGCGCCAGCCUCCUUCAACAGGUCAACUCGCAGCCCAAGUCGCACGCCAGCUUCGUCAUUGCUGUCGUCGGUCACGCUCACUCGGGCAAGUCAACCGUAAUCAAGAAGGGCUUGCGCCAAUUUGGCCUCUCCAAGCCGCAUGUGCUCUCGGAGAAGGUCACGUCGCAUUCCACCGUCUGCGUGGUCGAUCAAGAGCAGAGAACCAUCGAAGUGCUCGAAAUCGACGCUUCGGUAUUGCUCAACGGCCCCAGUAAGCGCUUCGCCUGGCCCAAGUUCCUUCCUCACAUUGAUGCCGUCAUCCUCUGCUACGAUGCAUCCUUCAUCGCCUCGUUUCGCGGCAUGUCGGAGCUGCUCGAGAAUUUCAGCGUGGCUAACCUCAGCACCGUGAUGCUGGCUUGCAAGUCCGAGGUCCAUCCCAAAGCAGUCGACCCAUACUAUGCAAGCGACAUGGCGUGUAUUUACAACGUCGGACUCGCCGAGUGCACUGUCCAGAGCGAAGAAGGCAAGAAGCGCAUGCGCGACUGUUUCUCCUACUUGGUCAAGGAGGUGGCCAAGGCUCGAUCCGGGCGUGCACGCCGUGGACCCGCCAACACAGUCCCGCCAGCUUCCGCUGCCAUGAGCUCCCAAAGGUCGCUAUCGCCUGGUGCCCCCCACCCUUCGUCGAUCAUGCAGAGCCGAACUGCUUCCACCACGUCACAGGCGAGCUCGCAGAACAGCCUUCCUCGCGCCUUGAACGAGUCAGGCCUGAUUGGUGGCGAUGUAGCCGCCUCUCCAGUUGCUUUCGGCGAACAGCUUCCUUCGCCUGCCUUGAAUCACGAUCCGCUGCGUGCACGAGGUUACAGCGAUGCCAAUUCGAGCCUCAGCGGUGCACUGGGAACAGGCGGUGCCGGACUCACUGACGAGACAGGCUCGGCACCCGCUGUUGAACACACGACCUUGGCGGGCAACAGCGUGGCUUUGAAUGUGAAUCCAUCUGUUGCUUCUUCUUCGGGUCGCGAGCCAGCGACUGCCAAUCCAGACAUACGCUCAAAUCCACGCAAGAUGAGCACUGCCACCUUCGCUUCUGGCGUGUCGGAUGCGCCAAGCUUCCAGUCCGACGAGGAUGGCAUGUUGCAUGACAGUCUGCAACGGGCGCACAUGGGGUUGCAGAAUGCACGAUCGAGCGGAGGCUAUGUAUCGAUCGAGCAACUAUGGGACAAGCUCUUCCACGCCGCCAUCUCGAGGAGCGACGAGCGCUUUGUUUCGAUGUUUAUGGUCUUUUUCCGUGGAUUUGCUACCCCCAUGGAUUUACUCGAGCAGAUGAUCGCCCGCUUCGAAACGCUCACGGCCGAGGAUGUGGCUGAUGGGCUUGUACAUCGAUUCGCCCUGAUCAGGCUCGCCAACAUGCUGGGCGACUGGGUGCUCGACUAUCCGGGUGAUCUCAGCGAUCCGAACACGCACGCUUUGUUGAUUCGGUACCAUCGUCAGCUGUUACGCCAUCCAGAUACAGUGCAUACCGCUACCCAGAUCCAUGCCGCUGUCGAUGCGGCUGUGAAUGCCCCGGAUCUGGAUGCACUCUGGAGCAAAGCGGUCAACAGCUACCAGGCCCGCCACAAAGGCAUCGCAGCGGCCCUAGCGGAAGCACAGCAGGCGGACACGGGCGUCGAGGCAGAUGGAGCGAGUGCGCUGCCAGCCAGCCAUUCGAGCAGCAGCGCAACGGCGCUAAUGCCUUCUUCGGGCAGCACGAGCCAUGAUUUUGAUGGCGGUGCUCCUCAUGGCGACGACGUGUUGGACGAGCACGAGCGGGCCGGCUCAGAGAGCAGUCUGCACGCGCGACCUUACGAAUUCGAAGCGGCCGGACGUUCUCGAAGCGCAUCUGACCUGACGGCCUCAUCGACUGAUGUCACCGACACGCUCUACAAGGAUGCCAAGCAGAGCAUGGUCACAUCAACGCUCAGUGGCAGCGGUGUUAGCGGCGUUAGCAGCGUUAGCGGCCACACUCAGACUUCGAGCACCAGCGCAGGUGCUGUCACCGCUGCUUCUGCUACCUCGUUGAUGGGUAGCGGUGAGACGAACACUAGCGGCCACGGACGUAUCUUGGACCAGAAAUCAACACUACGAAGCAUUUCAAACGUGCUCAUGGAGGUUGACGACGAAAUCAUCGCCACCGAGCUCACGCGACUGGAGUGGGCGUUCUUCACCGCGAUCCAACCGCGAGACCUGCUACGGCACAUCCUCGUGCCACACGACAAACGCGAUGGACCCGUAUCGCGAUCCAUUUCGCACUUUAACUAUAUCUCGAAUUGGGUGUGCUCCAUGAUCCUUGCGCAGAGCAAGACCAAGCAUCGCGCACGCAUGCUCGAAAAGUUUUUCAACAUCGCCUCGAUCCUACGACACGACAACAACUACGGCUCUCUCAACUCUGUGCUCGGUGGAUUGUCAAAGACAGCUGUGCAUCGGCUAAGGCAUACGCGCGAAUUGCUCAAGGGCAAAGCUGUCAACAAGGCGUACCAGAGUUUAGUCAGGUUGAUGUCGAACGAGCGAAGCAGUGCGGCGUAUCGUUUGGCUCUGGAAAACUCGGAUGGACCCACGAUCCCAUACGUUGGGGUUCAUCUGCAGGACAUUAUCAGCAUCUCGGAUGGAAACCCGAGCAAGCGCGCGAGCGACGGCAUGAUUCAUUGGCGCAAGUUUAGUUUGAUGGAUGAAGCAGUGAUGGCGGUGGCACGGUGUCAGCAGUACGAUCGGUACAUCAAGCCCAACAGCGCAGUGGAGAGGUUGAUCGUCGAUGUGCCCGUCAUGGACGACGAAGCGCUGUAUGAGAGGAGUUUGGCCGUCGAGCCGAGAAGCGCGGGUGGUGGCGGUGGAGUUGGAGUGGGCGUCGCAGCGGGCAAGAUCAAGGAUCUCAAGACGUUCUUGAGCCACCAGGCCUCUUCGCAUGCUUGA